UGAAAACGGAAGGCCGGAAGUAGUUAGCGGACACAGGAAACAUCGCUGCAGACAAGCUACUGUAAAUUGUGCUGAUUGACCCAGUGUUCCUGUUGACUUCAGGCCACCAUGUCCCGUGCCCGGCAGCCCCCGCUCGUCACCGGCAUCUCGCCCAAAGAGGGUGCAGCCUGGACCAAAGUUACCAUCCGUGGAGAGAACCUGGGCACGGGCCCAGCCGACCUCAUUGGUCUGUCAAUCUGCGGUCACAACUGCCUGCUGACAGCCGAGUGGAUGUCGGCCAGCAAAAUAGUGUGUCGCGUGGGACCCGCCAAAGACGACAAGGGAGAGAUCAUCGUCACCACCAAGUCCGGAGGGCUCGGCACCUCUACAGUCUCCUUCAAACUAAUCAGGCCAGAGAGGAUUGGUAUCCUGGACCAGUCUGCGGUAUGGGUGGAUGAAUUAACUUUUAGGACAGACCGCAACAAAGGAAUCUCCCCGCUGUCCCUGCGUCCCAGCAACCCCCUGGGCAUCGAUAUAGACAAAGGCAAAAUCCCACAGAAAGAUUUGGAGCAGACAUUUCCAGGAAUGAGCGGCGACUUCACCAGUGAGAACUUCUCUGCCACCUGUUACCUCAUAGAAAACCACGCAGGCACCAGUUUCGAUCAGUUGAAGAUUGCAGCCAGUAAUCUGAAGAAGCAGGCUACUAAAAAGAAUGAGGGGAGUCUGGCCUAUGUGAAGGGAGGCCUCAGUACAUUCUUUGAGGCUCAGGACGCUCUGUCAGCUAUCCACCAGAAGCUGGAAUCUGAUGGCACAGAGAAGGUGGAGGGAUCAAUGACCCAGCGGCUAGAAAACAUCCUCAACAGAGCAAGCAAUACUGCGGAUACUCUCUUCCAGGAGGUCUUGGGCCGGAAAGACAAAGCUGACUCCACACGCAAUGCACUCAACGUCCUGCAGCGUUUCAAGUUUCUCUUCAACCUGCCACUCAACAUUGAGCGCAAUAUCCAGAAGGGAGAUUACGAUGUGGUGAUCAAUGACUAUGAGAAAGCCAAAUCUCUUUUUGGCAAUACUGAGGUCCCCGUUUUCAAAAAAGUGUAUGCUGAGGUUGAGACAAGGAUUGGAGCUCUGAGGAGUCUGUUGUUGGAGAAACUGCUGCAGACACCAUCAACGCUUCACGACCAGAAAAGAUACAUCAGAUACUUGUCUGACCUGCACGCCACAGGGGAUCCAGCAUGGCAGUGCAUCUACGCUCAGCACAAGUGGAUCCUGCAGCUCAUGCAGAACUGCAGAGAUGAGUUCAUCAGUGGCCAGAGAGUGGGCGCAGGAGCUCUGGACCCCGAGGGGGAUACCCGUCCAUCAGCCCUCGGCAGGCUCAGCCACACUGCGUCUCUGAAGAGAGGGGGCAGUCUCCGAACGCCACGAUCCAGCAACUGGCAUUUCGACACCCCGCAGCAGGUGCAGUUUGUGGAGAAGCUUUCAGAUGUUGUCAUCGGUCAGCUGCCCAAUUUCUGGAAGCUUUGGAUCUCCUAUGUUAACGGAAGCCUUUUUAGUGAGACUGGAGAGAAAUCUGGACAAGUGGAAAAAUCCAAGAAGAAUGCCAGACAGAGACAGAACGACUUCAAAAAAAUGAUCGAGGAGUUGACCAGUCGGCUCGUGAAGCUCAUUCGAGGUGCUCUCCUACCCACCACUUUGCCACAAGGGGAGCUCAGUCUUUAUGGGGGCUGGGAGAACAAGACGGAGCUGACUGGAGCCUGGCUCACACAAAUCAUACACACUGUCAGGGGUUGUCAUGAGGCUCUGUCUGCUAUGGAGAUCCCAAAUGAUUUGCUGCACGUGAUCCAGGAUCUUCUGCUGGAUUUGAGAGUUCACUGCCUCAUGGUGACUCUGCUGCAUACAACAGAAGAUGUCAAGAGACUUGCUGAAAAGGAAGACUGGUUGGUAGAUAAUGAGGGAAUCACCAGCCUGCCUUCACGGUUUGAGCAGUGUAUGGUCCAGAUGCUGCAGUCGCUCAAAGAGCCCCUGGAAAUCAAACCUGGAGAAAUAAAUGUGUUGCAGUUAGACCAGGUCCAGGACCAGGCUGCAGAGCUUAGUGUGAGCAUCAUGAAGGUUUUUAUAACCUGUUUGGAGCAGCUGAGCACUAAAACAGCUGGAGACAUUGAUACAUCUCACAAUAUUUCAGUGGACCUGUCCUCUCCAGAUCGAUUUACUGGCAUUCAAGAGGGCUUUAGUCCAACGUCUGAGCAGCGUCUGCUGAUCAUCCUGAGUAACUGCCAGUACCUGGAGAGACACACGUUCCUGAACCUGGCUGAUCACUUUGAAAAGCAUGGCUUCACAGGGACAGAGAAGAUCACACGGGUAAGUGUGGACGCCAUACGGGGGCUGGACCGAAAACUCUUUGAAGCCUACAUUGAGAAACGAGCCGAUCCGAUCGCAGGCUCCCUGGAGCCCGGCAUCUAUGCUGGAUAUUUUGAUUGGAGAGACUGCCAAACACCUACAGGUGUAAGGAACUACCUGAAGGAAGCACUGGUCAACAUUAUUGCAGUUCAUGCUGAGGUCUUCACCGUCUCUAAGGAUCUGGUUCCUCGGGUUUUGUCUAGAAUCGUUGAGUCCGUUGCGGACGAGAUGUGCCGUCUUAUGCAGUGUGUGUCCUCCUUCAGCAAAAACGGAGCCCUACAGGCUCGACUUGAACUGUGUGCUCUGAGAGACGCCGUAGCCACAUACCUAAACGCUGACAGCAAUUCCAGCUUCAAACUGGCUUUGGAGUCACUGCCACAGUUACAUAGCGGAUCCGAUAAGAAGCUAUUAGAAGAGCUGCUGAACAAGUUUAAGAGCAGCAUGCAGCUCCAGCUCACCUGCUUCCAGCCCUCCUCUGUCCAGCCCGUCAAGAGAUAAACACCCCACCCCCCACACCUCCGAAAGCUGCGCUGCCUCUCUUUUCUAUUAGCUAAUGAACCUUAGCCAUAUCUCUUCAGUUAUCACUUUUUUGUUUACUCAUCACUUUCAAUUUCUGCUUUACUUGAUUAAAUACAAGUGUGUGUUCAUCUAAUCUUGAAGACACUAAAUGAGUUGAUUUCACUGUUACUGUGCAGGACAGUCCCUGUUAUGUUGGGUAUGCUAAUUAUGUCCGGACGUAUGAACAAGCAACAAGGCUAAUGUGCUUGUUUCUAGAAAGUUCAGGAGCAGCGUGGCAGCGGGAUGUGAGCUGCAAUCAAGCGGGAGUCCUCACUGACUGAAAUGUGUGUCAUAAUAACUAAAGUAGAACUUUUUUGAUGAUAAGUUGCUUUCCAUGUUAUGUACUGCACCAUCUGUAUUACUCAAUAAAAUGAGAUUACAUA